UUCCUCUCUUCCUUCUCUUUUCCUCGUCGCCCCGGCCGGCCGCCGCCGCCGCCAUCGCUGUUGCCGUCGUCGCCGCCGCCGCCGACGUGCUCUUGCCUUGGGCCUCCACCGACUUCCCGUUCGUGUUUCGCGUCUGUUCUCGCUGAGCUCCGACCGCAGCGAGCUGUGGUUGUGAAUCUUAUCCGAACUUAAGCGCUUAGUUUCUGAGUUGGAUAAGAACGGUUGGAUCCCUUCAACUUCUUGUUGAAUAUUUCUCUGAGGUUCCACACUAUUAUGCUGAGUCUUCCUCAUGGGACCUGUGAAGUGAUGUCUCUUUUGGCCUGAAAGAGAUGCAGAAGGCCAUUUAUCAUCUACAAAAUACUGGUUCAUUGAAGGUUCUUCCUCAACAUGCUGGACGUCGUGCAAGUAAUAGACGCACACAAGUGGCAACUGGACAGCAAUCCUCUCCUACUGUAUUUCCAGAAAAACGAAGUAAAGUAAAAUCUUCAAGGCAAAAUGAUGUAAAUGUUGCCAAUGAAGAUCUCGAAAAAGGAAUGAAACAUGAGCAUAGAAUUGACAUUGGAAAUGAGCAGUCUGAUCUGUUGGGCUAUGAAGUUUUCUCUGGUAAACUUGCUCUUGAUAAAAAAUCUAAAAGACCAAAUACAGAGGAACAGACUGAACCAGGAACAUCCAAGCAUGAUAGCAUUGAUUCAAAACUCACAAGUAAAGCAUUGAUUUGGGGACCUCGCAUGCUUUGUCUUGAGGAUGUGAUAUCUGUAUCAUAUAAUGCCGGCCUUCGACAUUUCACUGUGCACUCAUACCCUAUCAUCAGGAAGUCUUGUUUUUUUAAGCCACGAAGAGAUCGUAAGGAUUUUCGUUUUGUUGCUACAAAUUCUGAGGAAGCUUUUCAGUGGGUUUCAGGUUUUGCGGACCAGCAAUGUUUCAUUAAUUGUUUGCCUCAUCCAAUGGUUUCAAGUAAGAAGCAACCAGUUGAUGUAGUAACAGAUGAUCCUCUCUUUGACCAACCACAUGUCAAAUCUAAAAGUCCUCCAAAAAUACUUGUGAUACUUAAUCCUCGUUCUGGACAUGGCCGAUCUAGUAAAGUUUUCCAUGGCAAAGUGGAACCUAUCUUUGAGCUUGCAGGUUUUAAGAUGGAAGUAGUUAAAACUACAUCUGCUGGUCAUGCUAAAACUCUUGCCUCAACUGUUGAUUUCAGCACAUGCCCAGAUGGAAUUGUGUGCGUUGGUGGUGAUGGAAUUGUCAAUGAGGUUCUCAAUGGCUUACUUAGUCGAAGUGAUCAGAAAGAAGCAAUUUCAAUUCCUAUUGGAGUAAUUCCAGCUGGUUCUGACAAUUCACUUGUCUGGACUGUCCUUGGAGUGAGAGAUCCAAUUUCAGCUGCAAUAGCUAUUGUGAAGGGAGGCCUAACAGCUACAGAUGUCUUUGCGGUUGAGUGGAUUCAAACUGGUGUUGUUCACUAUGGCACAACAGUUAGUUAUUUUGGUUUUCUCAGUGAUGUUCUCGAACUCUCUGAGAAAUAUCAGAAGCGAUUUGGUCCCCUUAGAUAUUUUGUGGCUGGUUUUCUUAAAUUUUUAUGCUUACCCAAGUAUAACUUUGACUUGGAAUAUCUUCCCAUCUCAAAGGAUAUAUCAGGCACUAAAGGAAAGGUUGUCGAUGAUGAUGAGAAGGUUGAUAUGUCUGACCUUUAUACUGAUAUAAUGCAGAGGCCAAACACAGAGGGUCUCCCCAGAGCUUCCAGUUUAUCUAGUAUUGAUUCAAUCAUGACCCCAAGUAGAAUGUCUGGUGGGGACUUUGACUUUUCUGGUAAUACACUUGCAAGCAGUGAGCCAUCUGAUUAUGUCCGAGGACUGGAUCCAAAAGCAAAACGUUUAUCCUUGGGUAGAAAUAAUAUGAUGCAAGAACCUGAAGAAGUUAUUCACCCCCAACCGAACCUGUCAACUACCCCUAACUGGCCAAGGACUAGAUCAAGGUCACGGACAGAGAAAGGUUGGGCUGGCUUGACUGCUGCAAAUGAUACCAGGUGUUCUUGGGCAGCUCCAACAAUGAAUGACAAAGAAGAUAUUUCCUCAACCAUGUCUGAUCCAGGUCCCAUCUGGGAUUCUGAACCAAAGUGGGAUACUGAGCCUACUUGGGAAACUGAGGACCCUAUUCAUUUUCCAGGACCUCCAGAUGAUAUUGAACAAGGUUUAAAGAAGGAACUUGUUCCAAGUUUGGAAGAGAAGUGGAUGGUUAAGAAGGGUCAGUUCCUUGGCAUAUUAGUGUGCAACCAUUCAUGCAAGACUGUGCAGAGUUUAAGUUCUCAGGUUGUUGCGCCAAAGGCUGUUCCUGAUGAUAACUGUUUAGACUUGCUUCUGGUCCAUGGAAGUGGUAGAAUGAGGCUGUUAAGAUUUUUUGUGCGCUUGCAAUUUGGGCGACAUCUUUCCCUUCCCUAUGUGGAAUAUGUCAAGGUGAAGGCUGCAAAGGUUAGGCCCGGUGCUAACAGUAACAACGGAUGCGGUAUUGAUGGAGAGUUGCUUCGUGUGAAUGGGCAAGUCAUGUGCUCUUUGCUGCCUGAACAAUGCCGGCUGAUUGGCCGUCCUGCCAGGGAAUGUAUAUAGGGGAAGCCAAGCCACCUCUAAACUUGGCAAGCUUUAUGAAAAUGUGCUUUGCUCUCACCCCCAAUAGAUACAUACAUUCAAUCCAGAGCACCAACAGUUUGAAUCAUGUCAUCUUCUUACCUAAGAUGUCCCUUUUGUUUGCGAGAGUCUUGUAUCUUAAUGCACCCUUCCCAGCAUCCAUGAGUGAUUCUUUUUUCUUUUUCUUUUUUGUUACCAUGUAUUGAUAUUCCACUUUUGCUGUUUGAUGCCUGCUGCUUUUCGGCCAAUUUGUUUCUAGGGUUUGGGGAUAUUUUGUUGAAGCCCUUAAAUUUCUACAUAUAAGCAUGUAAUAUAUAGAGCCGCUAAGUAACUCAUCUGAAUUGUGCUACCAAGUUAUUGUAAUAUACCUUGAUUCCGUUUCUGGUUGCCGCAGCCUUGAUAUGUUUGUCUA